GGCGCACGAAGGGAACAGUCCGAAGUCCAGGCUAGGGGUGUCGGAGCUGCCGCGGCCGCAGAGGAGUGACGAGCUGCCUGAAUAUCCGCAUUUCAGUUUCUGUGCCUUUCAAGAGUUUUAAUUCAUCAUGGAUAAUCUGUCAUCAGAAGAAAUUCAACUGAGGGCUCACCAGGUUACUGAUGAGUCUCUGGAAAGUACAAGGAGAAUCCUGGGUUUAGCCAUUGAGUCCCAGGAUGCAGGAAUCAAGACUAUCACUAUGCUGGAUGAACAAGGGGAACAACUAAACCGAAUAGAAGAAAGCAUGGACCAAAUAAAUAAAGACAUGAGAGAGACAGAGAAGACUUUAACAGAACUCAACAAGUGCUGUGGCCUUUGUGUCUGCCCAUGUAAUAGAUUCUCAGAUGUUGGUUGUUUCUAUGAAACCAGGACAAAGAACUUUGAGUCUAGUAAGGCCUAUAAGGCAACAUGGGGAGAUGGCGGAGACAACUCUCCUAGCAACGUAGUAUCUAAGCAGCCAGGCCGAGUGACAAACGGUCAGCCUCAGCAAGCACCCACAGGAGCAGCCAGCGGUGGAUACAUUAAACGUAUAACUAAUGAUGCCAGAGAAGAUGAAAUGGAAGAGAACCUGACUCAAGUGGGCAGUAUACUGGGAAACCUAAAAAACAUGGCCCUGGACAUGGGCAACGAGAUUGAGGCUCAAAAUCGACAGAUAGGCCGGAUCACAGAAAAGGCUGACACCAACAAAGAUCGUAUUGACAAUGCCAAUGCCAGAGCAAAGAAACUCAUUGACAGCUAAAGCUACUGCUGUACUUUUUUUUCUAUCAUUUAUUCACUUCUGUAGCUUCUCCUUCAAAAUCGUUGCCUUUUCAGAGUUUAAAAUUUUGGUUCCACACUCUUCUAAUCAGGAGAUAAUGUGGAAGAAGGGCAAGGAGUAACAGGCCCCCUAUUUUUACAUUUUCUUUUUCCCUUGAGGGUAGACUGCUGCUCAGCCUUCCUUCUAGUAUUUUCUUUCUCAGUUCAUACUUUUAGAUUGGUUUUCAUACAUCACAGAUAAUGCUGUUUUUCAUCUUCCUCAUUUACUUUAGCAAGUUCCUUUGCUUUCAAGACUUGGAAGCAUUGCCAAAGACAGCCAUGAAAAGGGAAGCUGGGGGCAAGGGUGGGGGAGUGCAAGAAGGAGAGGCCAGAGAUAAGAGGUUGUUACCUCAGUAGAACCUGCAGGCCACGAAACAAAGUCGCAUAGCCACAGUAAAGAUCUAGUUGGAUUUAGUUUUUAAUUUAAGUUGCAGUUAUUGUCAAUUUAGGCUAAUAUUCGGUUUUGGAGCUUUUAAACACAACAUUUUUGUUAUACGUCACAACUUUGCAACCUCUGCUCCAAAAAAGAAUAGAAUGAGUUUUCUUAAACUGAGCUUAAUUUCUGAAUUCUUGGUGGUGAUUCAUAUAUGUACAUAGAUUCUAUGAUCCCAUUUCGUAUUGCACCAUACAGGAAUACUGUGUAUAAAUGAAUGGUUUUUAUUUUCAUGUUAGUAGUAGUAUCAUGGUCCCAUUACAGGCCUAUUAACCUCAUAAAUUUCUUGUUAGUCUUUGAAGAAAAACUAUGUAAAUAUGUAUGUGUAACAUGAGAAUUUCUCUCUAAAGCAGGGCUUAGAAAUUUUUGGAAAAGUUUGACAAAGUAUAUCACGUGAAUUCAGAUUUACCUCAAUACCAAGAAUUAUGUGUAGAUAGGAAAAAAGAAACUUAUUUGAUCUCAGGUAGAAAAAUGGUUAGAUUGCUUUGAGAUUUAUGUAGAUUUUUAAAAAGCUAGAAUUUAUUCUGUUUAAAAGUGAUUUGGAAAAUUACACCUUUGGUUUUAUUAUUGAUGAUUGCACUGUCAUUCUCUUGGCCUUGUGUAUUGAACUAUGUCCAGAAUCAUGUCUAUUUAGAUCCUGAACAGUAUUAGAAGAAUCUGAUCAAUAUUUGUCACCUUUAUUUAAAAAAUAGCAUCACACACUUCAAAGCUAUUAAUGUGGAUUGGGUUGACCAAUAACCACUGCUUGAUCCUUACAAUUAAAUUUUGUAACUAA